AAAAUCACGGCUCAUGAUCGAGCUAUCCUGGACUUGAAGGUGCAGAGAGAUAAGAUGAAGCAAUAUCAGAAGCGUUUGCAGAGCGUGCUGGACCGGGAACAGGAGAUCGCCAGGGAGUCUCUAAAGAAGGGCGACAAGACGCGAGCUCUCCGUGCUCUCAGACAACGGAAGUAUCAAGAGCAGCUCCUGGUCAAGACGGACGGACAACUACAGACCUUGCAAGAACUGGCAAGUCUUCCUGGACGGCUCUCGAUCGAGUUCACGCAGAUUCAGGCGACAGUGAUGAAGGGGCUAGAGAUGGGGAAUGAGGUGCUCACGCAGCUGCAUAAGGAGAUGUCGCUGGAGAAGGUGGAGCGGUUGAUGGACCAGACGAAGGAGGGCGUGGCUUAUCAGCGGGAGAUAGACGAAGCACUCAUGUCGACUAUGUCGCCGGAAGAAGAGGAGGCAGUACAGGCCGAGCUGGAGGCAUUGGAG